UAUCGGUUCAUUUCAAAUAUGUAUGCCUAGCAAUAAAUUACAAACAUCAAAAACAAUUGCGUAAUUCUAGAAAUGCAAUAAAUUGCGCGAUUCCAUAAUAGACAGUUGAAAUUUUUGCUUUCCAAGGCGUAUACAAGUAAAAUGGCAACACUCUACAUAUUAUCUUUUUCCACGUUAUUAGUGGCAGUUUGCAGCAAAAUGUGUGGUCGGACUAGUGUAGAAUGCCUAGAUCGAGUACGAAACGGACUAUUGGCUUUAGCUCAAAAUAACUGCACCAAUGAUGAUGGUAUCCUCACACAGUAUUGGUGGCACAGUACCACAAGUGCAGUACAGAUAAAUUCCGUUACUGAAAUUGAUACAGUAAAGCCGAUUAUUUUCCUGUUGCACGGUUGGGGCGGAUCAAAGGAUGUAGAUUAUAUACAAGUUAUAAGGGACGCGUACCUGAAAAGGUACCAAUCAAGUCGUACAAUUAUUACUCUUGAUUUCGGUAUGUACGUUACUGGCUCAGGUAUUUUGUCGUACGCUAACGCAUACUGCAAUGCGCCGGCGGUUGCGAUUGGUUUUGGCAAUUUCAUAUGCAGUCUAGUUGCAAAUGGGGUAAGCCCCAAGAACAUACACGUGGUCGGGCAUUCCCUAGGAGCACAAAUUUCCGGAAUGGCGGGCGCCUAUGUGCAAAAAAAUUGCAAAUUCUCCGUGGCGAGGAUUACGGGGCUUGAUCCUGCGAGUAUUGGAUACCUCUGUAUAAAUCCAAACGAAUGUAGAUUGGAUGAAACCGACGCAGACUUUGUUGACGUUAUCCACACUAACGCGGGGGGUUAUGGGACCACGUUGAACUCCGGUGAUGAUGAUUUCUAUGUUAAUAAUGGCAUCGCACAACCAAACUGCCUUGAUUUGAAUAUUGAUUUUACCCAAGUAUCUUCAGACCCUCUUUCUGUUGUACUUAAACCAGUGUCUUGCAGUCACCAACGCAGUUGCUACCUUUUUGCAGAGAGCAUUCUUGCAAAUAGCUUUCCGACACGAUCUUGUUUUCCACUAGCUUCAAAUGUACUUUAUAUGGGAGAGUACUGCAAGCCGGAACUAGGGACCAGAAUGUGUAGAGUUAGUACAAGUGCACAGUCACCUUACGGUCUUGGUCCAAACGGUCCAUUGAAUUAAUUUUUGAAUGUUUUUCUGUAAUCAAGUUAAGAUUUUAAAUAAUAAACACAAUAGCGAAUUA